CUAGUGCUCUCUAGUUUUAUACUCCAUCUCGCUCGCUCACUCAUGUCACUCGUCAGCCACUUCCGGUGUCCAUCCAAUUCCCCAGCAACCGCGGCGCCGAUCGAGUUCUUGGGCUCCGGCGGCAGCCGGCCGGUGUUGGGCGCGCGACGGAGCCCCGGCCACCUGCAGCUAGCCGUACAGCCGCCGGCGGCCGGUGUAUACAGGUAUCUCUCUGGAUUCUGUUUUUUUUUCUUUUUUUCUUUUUCUUUUGGAUCGAAUCGGCCCCAUCGCUCGCUCCGAGAAGGCGGCGUUGAUCCGCGCCAGCGCCACGGUUUCGAGGGGCUGUGUGUGCCCCCGAUUUAGCGGAGGAGGGCACGGUGGUUUCGAGGGGUCCCGAGAAAUUCCUAGAUGAUGGUGGGAGCAACGGUUUCAGCUUCAGCGGGGGUGAUGAACUCUCUGCUUGGGAAGCUCUCCACCUUGCUGGACAAAGAGUAUACAAAGCACAAAAAUGUGGAAAAGGAUGUGAUGUUCCUGCAAAGGGAGCUACCCAGCAUGGAGGCUGUGCUGCAGAAACAUGCAAUGCAGGACGAGCUUGAUGUUCAAUUGAAGGCCUGGGUGAGUGAGUUGAGAGAGCUGGCAUAUGACAUUGAGGACUCCAUUGAUGCUUUCAUGGUGCGCAUUGAGCACUAUAGUGAUGAGUCUGCUGGAAUUAAGGGGUUUAUGAGUAAGAAAAUCCACAAGCUCAAGAAGCUCCGUUGUCACCAUAAAUUUUCGGCGGUGUUUCUUGAACUAAAAGAGCGUGUCGUUGAAGCAAACGAGCGGCGAAGAAGAUAUGAGGUUGAUGGGUCCACAUCUGGAACCACCCAGUGAUUGCUUGUUGAUUCCCGGUUGCCAGCACUCUAUUCUGGUUUAGAUGAGCUUGUAGGAAUCAAGGGUCCAAGGGAUUGUAUAAUCAAGUUGCUAACUUAUGAAGCUGAUAGUGGCCCAUCAAGACAGCAACUCAAAGUAGUGUCCAUUGUGGGAUGUGGAGGUCUGGGCAAGACAACACUUGCCAAUCAAGUCUAUAAGGAAAUCAAUGGCCAAUUUGAUUGUAAGGCUUUUGUGUCUAUGUCCCAGAAACCAGACAUGAGGAAGAUCUUAAUGGAUCUACUAUCUCAAAUACUGGGGAAUGGUAGCCCCAUGUGCUUUGAUGAACAGCGACUCAUUGACAAGCUUCGGGAGUUCCUAAAAGAUAAGAGGUACCUGAUCGUUAUUGAUGAUAUUUGGAGCACAUCAGCAUGGGAGAUUGUGAAGUCUGCAUUUCCUGAUAAUAAUCUUCGCAGCAGAAUAAUUACAACAACGCGCAUCAUGGAUGUAGCUAAAUCAUGUUCUGCUAAUCUCCAGGAAUAUGUUUACACCAUCAAACCACUUAAUCAUCAAGACUCUAGCAAGCUGUUUGUUAAAAAAAUUUUCCCUUCUGGGUGUGGUGUUCCUCAACAUCUGAAAGAAGUUUCGAAUGCAAUACUGAAAAAAUGUGGUGGUUUGCCACUGGCUAUACUUAUUAUAGCUGGUUUGUUGGCUAGUAAGUAUGAUAGGAAGGAUGAGUGGGAGGCAGUGCAUAAUUCUAUUGGCUCUGAACUUGGCAAAAAUCAUACUUUGGAAGGAUUCAGAAGGAUUUUGAUGCUUAGUUUUUAUGACCUGCCUCAUGAUUUGAAAACCUGCUUCUUAUAUCUAAGUAUAUUCCCGGAGGAUGACCUGAUUGUAAGAAAACAAUUGGUGUGGAAAUGGGUUGCGGAAGGGUUUAUUAGAAAAGUGCGUGGUAAAAGACCAGAUCAAGUUGCAGAGAGCUACUUUUACGAUCUUAUCAAUAGAAACAUGAUCCAAGCAGUGGGUGUUCAGUACAAAGGUAACAUAUAUGGUUGUCGAGUUCAUGAUUUAGUGCUUGACCUUAUCAGAUCUCUAUCAGCACAAAUCAACUUUGUUAUCGCGAUUGAUGAUAAAGGGUAUGAAUCUUCUCCUAGGAAGAUUCGUCGGCUGUCCUUGCAAGCUAGUAAUUUGGAAGAUCAAGAAAUGCAGAAACUUGUGAGUAAUCAAUCCCAUAUCCGCUCACUCAUUAUGUUCAGGGCCUUUAAGAAAGCACCUGAUCUUUUCAAGUUCCAUGCUCUGCGUAUUUUGGAUUUAUCCGAGUGCAAUUGUUUGGAGGACCACCACAUUACAUGUAUAGUGAAUAUGUUUCAGCUGAGGUAUCUGAGCCUCCCUUGCAGAAUCACUGAACUCCCCGAGCAAACCGGGAACUUGCAACAUCUAGAGGUACUGAACAUCAGGCGUUGCAUGAUCAAAACAUUGCCAGAACCCAUUGUUAAACUUGGGAAACUCAUGUGCCUACACGUGAAGUCUGGGGUGAAACUGCCGGAUGAGAUUGGGAGAAUGCAAGCUCUCCAGGAGCUGGAGAGUAUCUCCAUCCCAUGUAACUCUGUGAGGUUAAUUGAGGAGAUUGGUAGGCUGACAAGAUUGCGAAGACUUACUGUUGAAACAACAAGCACUACUGAGAAAAUGGGAGACCAAGAAGUGAGGUUCAGGGAAAUGUUGGUCAGUUCCCUCACCGAGUUGGGCAGAAAUGGCCUUGAGUCACUCUGUAUCAGCUACCCUCAUGGACAGAACUUCAUCCUGGAUUCAUUGUUUGGCUCUGGCUGCUCUCUUCCAAAGUUUCAUGAGCUUGACAUAAAGAAUUACCUUUGUUGGGUUCCAAGGUGGAUAACUAUGCUUAGUAGCCUUGUGCACUUAUGCCUAUCCAUGUAUGAUAUUGACGAGGAAGAUAUGCGAGUUCUGAAUGGCAUCUCCACCCUGCUAUUUCUCCAUUUAGAAUUAAGGAAUCCACCUGAAGAGAGGCUAGUCAUUGGUUGCGAUGGACUCAGACAUCUGAACGAGCUACAUGUGUUCUGCCAACAUUCCACAAUGCCAUUGACGUUCGCGCCUGGAGCAAUGCCAGAGCUCCACCGUUUACGCCUCGAAUUCGGGGCGAGGGAGACGUUGCGCAUGUAUGGUGAUUUUGAUUUCGGCAUCGAGCAUCUUUCGGGACUCCGGGAUAUCAGAGUUGACAUUAACUACUACUCUGGUGGCACUGACAUGGAUGCAGAAGCAGUGGCUGCCAAGGAUGCUAUCACCACUGCUUCCAUCAUCCAUCCAAACCGCCCCUUACAUGAUGUCCGAAUGCAUGUCACCAUGAUGUUUACCCUGAAGGAGGCUGCUCAGUCGGUUGGGCUCCAAAGCGCCACGAAAGAAUUGAAUUUAGGGACGGAUUUUCAGCGCACUUUCGUCCAAAUUGAAGACCUUGAUAAUCCAGAAGUUCUGCGAAAACUACAGCAGCUAUUAUCACCUGAGUCUUCGACACGGAACCAGUAGCUUGGGACUUGAAGAAACAACGUAUGUAUCUUCUGGAAAUCUGGCCAUCAAGAUCAGGUGCGAGUAUGGCAAAUUGAUUGAAAUUCGUAUAAAAAUCCAGGAGAUUCGCAAUGUUAAUGUGAGGUAUCUAAGAAUCUGGCUUGGAAAUACUCCCUCCUUUUCAUAUUAUAAGUCAUUUUGUCUUUUUUUCCUAGUCAAAUUUAUUUAUAUUUGACCAAGUUUCUAGAAAAAUUUAUCAACAUCUACAACACCAAAUCAGUUUCAUUAAAUAUAAUAUUAAAUAUAUUUUGAUAAUAUGUUUGUUUUAUGUAAACAUGUUACUAUAUUUUUCUAUAAAUUUAAUUGAACUUAAAGAAGUUCGACUAGGAAAAAAAUCAAAACUUAUAAUAUGAAAUGGAGGGAUUAUCUUGAUGUGGGAUAAAGGCAGGAGCUCUACCAUAUCAAUUGAAGUAGGGCGGAAAAAAUGAGUGUCAUUUUUCUUUUACAAAAUAGAAGUCAAGAGGAGAGCCAAAGUACUUUUUUUUUAUAAAGGAAGCUUUUAUUAAUCGUCUGAGAUUACAAAACUAUCUUUAUCAGUUGUACUUUUACAGAAUAGAAGUCACGGUGAUUUGAGGUUUCAGCCAAUGAUGGUUACAAGCGGCCAUUAUGAGCUCUCCGUAAAUUUGCAUCCCCAUUUAGCUUU